AUGGAAGAUCAGACUAUCACCCUAACUAUAAAAGCAAGCUCAAGUACUGAGGAAAACAAAGUUCAAGCGCAGCUUUCAUGGAGUGUUGGGCAAUUAAAAGCCGAGUGUUCUAAUAAAAUGAACAUACCUGUCGAGCAAAUUAGACUUGUUUAUAGAGGUAUCAAUCCAUUUAGGCAAAAUUCUAAAAGAUGAGACAGUUCUAAAAACUCUUGGCAUCGCUGAUGGUCAUUCUGUCCAUUUAGUUAAAAGUCCAGCUAAAAACGCUCAAAGCCAGCCAUCACAACCUGCUCAGUCAGCCCAAUCAGCUCCAGCGUCUCAAAGUGCCCCAUCUCCAAGCUCAAACCCUUCCGCAAGCCAGCCAGCACCGUUUUCAGGUAGUCCUGAUUUAUCUGGGUUUGGAGGCAUGCCAAGCUUCCCUGGAAUGGGCGGAAUGGGCGGUAUGGGAAGUAUGGGUGGAAUGGGUGGCUUAGGAAUGAAUCCACAGAUGAUGCAGCAGAUGAUGGGUGAUCCUCAGACCCAGCAAAUGCUAAUCAACAUGAUGUCAAACCCUCAAGUCAUGGAAAUGGUCAUCAACUCAAACCCAAUGCUAAAACAAAUGCUUGAUGCAAAUCCUCAGAUGAGAGAAAUGCUGAGAAACCCAGCCAUGCUACAAAGCAUUUUUUCUAUGAUGAGAGGAGGAAUGGUUCCAGGAAUGGGAAUGCCAGGUAUGGGAAUGCCUGGGAUGGGAAUGCCAGGAAUGGGCAUGAUAGGUCAACCACCAAGUACAAAUCCAUCAGUACCUCAAAAUCAGCCAUCAACUCAGCCGACCCAGACAACCCCUCCGCAGCCUUCUCAACCAGGACAAGGGAUGCCGGGAUUUGGAAUGGGAUAUCCUUAUGGCGGAAUGGGACCUUAUGGAGGAGGAAUGGGAGGAUUUGGAAUGAUGCCGGGGUAUGGAGCUUUUAGCCAGCCUCCUGCUCCACAGCAAAAUCCUAGUGAAGUAUAUGCUGUUCAAAUCCAACAGAUUAAAGAUAUGGGAUUUUAUAAUGAAACCCUAAUUAUUCAAGCACUGCAAGCAACUGGAGGUAAUGUAGAAGCGGCUGUUGAGAGAUUAUUAACAUUCCCUCCGUGAGCGAAAAAAAAAUUUUGUUCGCUCGCAAAGGGUUAUUUUUUUUUUUAAAAAAAAAUUUAUAUAUAACUUUAAUAGUAUUUUUUUUUUCCUAAAAUUAAAAAAAUCCCCAUUUUGAAUAAUUGAAAGCAAAAUUAAUUUAAUUUGUAAAAUUAAGUUUUAAAAUGCAAGCUGUUUAAAAUUAAACAGAAUUAACUAUAGAUUUCAAUAUAAUAAUUAUAAAUUAUAUAUUAUAAUAUUUUUCAUAAAAAUUUUUGUUCACACACAGAGAGGUGGGUUUUUACCCAAAAAUAGGGAUGUUUCCAAUGGUUUGUUAGUUCACCAAGGAGAAGUAAGUAGCUUAUAA